CUCCCCCUCCUCCCCCUCCUGCUUCCUGCUGCUGCUGCUGCUGGCGGAGGCCGAGGGAGAAGGUGGCGGCGGAGGCGAGGGCCCUGAAGCCGAGGAAGCGCAGCAGCCGCAGCAAGAAGGACGACGCCGACGCCGCCCCCUCCUCCUCCUCCCUGCUUUCUUUUCUUUCUGGGUUUUGCUUUCCUCGGGGCCAUGUCCUCCUCUUCUUCCCGCAACAGCAGCGGCGGCGUGGGGCCCCUCCACCCCAGCCAGAGCCGCGCCAUCCCCACCCGGACGGUGCCCAUUAGCGACUCCUCGCAGCUACCUCACGACUACUGCACCACGCCCGGGGGAACCCUCUUCUCCACCACGCCCGGAGGUACCCGAAUCAUCUAUGACCGCAAAUUUCUGUUAGAUCGUCGCAAUUCUCCAAUGGCUCAAACCCCUCCUUGCCACCUUCCAAAUAUCCCAGGAGUUACCAGCCCUGGUUCCAUGACUGAGGAUUCCAAAGUGGAAGUAAACAACCUGAACAAUCAUGAUGGAAAGGCUAUAAUUGGUGAUGAUGCUCAGUUUGAGAUGGACAUCUGAUCUUCCUUGAAGGUAACCAUGGAAAGACAGCAACUCCUGAUCACCUGUGCACAUCUGAUUUGGCCAACAGGAUCAAUAACGUGAAGAGUGGUGAAAGAAGAAGAAGAAGAAGCUGUUUCCACUCGAGUCCUCACUUCAUCUUUGGAAGUGCCAAAGGAUAAAGGGACUGUUUCCCUCCCUGAUUCCCAUUAGCCAUACCAUGCUUUCCCUGUUUCCUCUGCUUCCCUCCAAUUCCCUCCUCUUUUUUUCUAUCUCCUCCCUGGUCUGUGAUUGAUUCAAGCCUGUGAUAAAUUUAUACAGCUAAGGAAAAUAACCUUGGCUUCUCGCACUUUAAAGGCAACUUAUCAAAUCAUACACAUGCGAGAACUUAAAAUGCCCAUCAACAAUUUGGUAUUUAUUGCAAAACACAAAGGGCCGUGGGAGGGGUGGAUUUAUGCUUGAAGGGACAUGACAUUGCCAUUGUUUUCCUCCCACUCAACUACUGUUAACUUGAUACCAUUUUUUUCUGUGUACCUUUUAUUGGUAUGCAGAAUGCACUCCCUUUGGUUCUAAGCCUUCUUUUUGCAACUCUUUUUUUUUUGGUAUGCAAAUCUUUGCAAUGGGCACAUCAGAUGGUGGGGGUCUUGUCCCCUAGAACAGCAUUGCUGUGAUCUCCCCCAUACCUUAAUAAAUUCCUGCAACUUUAGAACAGAUGGACAAUUUGAAGAGCAUUACUCUAGGAUGUAUCCAUUUUCUUUUCCAUUUCAUCUCAUCCCAAAGAUUGCCUCCUAGACCACCCCAUUUUAAAAAAAAGUUUCUCUCUUCAGUUUCCUUGUUUCCAUCAGUGUUAAAUAGGAACCACAUUUUUAUUCUGAUAUAAUCUUGGGAGUACCAUGCUUGAUGGUUCUGUCUGUUUUUUUUUUGUUUUUCCUUCCAUAUUUGCUGCUGUUUAAUUUCUGCUGGUUUCUUUGCAAGUCUAUUAUUGUGCCAAAAGGAUUAAUUGAAAUAACCUGGCUAUGCUUGACUAAGAUGUACUUGGCAAGAGUCUGAUUCUCUUGGGAAAGUCCUGUGUAGACUUGGGGCUCCCUAAUAAUUAGUUGUCUGCAUUGCAGAUUCCAUGAUGUGUGACUUCAGUAGAUGUGACAUGGUAGAAAACCAAAUAGUAGGCAGUUAUUUCCUGUUGUCUUCUGGAACGUACAACCUACCCACCUAUUUUGUGGUCACCAUCUUGGUUGCAUCUUUCCUGGACUCACACAUUAUUAAAUCUGCCAGAAGAGUUAUAACAUUUGAGCCUGUCCGGGACCAGUUUCAACAGACAGGAAAGAGUUGUUGAUGGUCUCAUUUGAUUCCAUUCAUCUAGACUUGUUGCCCAUUUCCUAUCUAUUUUUAGUCUAUUUAUAUACUGAUUAGGGUGGAUCCCCCCCCCCCCCCAAAUGGACUGGUGCUUUAAUAAGGAUUGAAAAGACUGGGUGGUGAGAUAUCAUGUGUGAUAGCAUCUAUAGCCAACUGGGCCUAUCUUGCAAUAAUGCCAAUUGCCAUGUGGAGGGGGCGGGAAUGAGUGGUUUGAAUUUAGCCAAUAGAUACAUUUAUGCCUUGGUUGUGAUACCACCUAAUCACUGAACCAAGAUUUCCCCCCGCCCCCCAAAAUCUAUAAACCUUAGUCUCGUUAAUUAGCCAGACUAACACAUUAAAAGCUAUUUGUUGAUGAUUUUAAAAUGCCCCUGAUAAAUCAGAUGGGAGAUUUUUUUAUUUUUGCUAACUUUUUUUGUACAAUGUUUCAUAAGAAGGCAACCAAAGAGGCAUUCCUAGAGGAAUGCUUCUUCUCAAACAGUGCUUCCUGCAUAGGCAUCAGAAACAAAGUCCCCCCCCCCCCACUCAUUUGACAUAUAUCAGAAUUGUAUGCGUUUACUUAGAAGUCAAUCCCAUGCUGCUCAAUGAGCUUACCCCUUUGUAGGUGUGUUUGUAGGAUAAGAACUGUGAGGACGGAGAAGGGAAACCUUUGGCCAUCCUAGAUGCUAGUCCAUCCGCAUCUGGAGGAACAUACUUUCCCCACUCUGGCUCUGACCUGCUUUAAUCAAGUGUCAGCUUUACUUCUUCCAAUUACAGAGUGGCUGGUUGUUGCCUCUGAUGAUUUCAAGGAAUGGCUUAUAUGUGCCCUUUGUUAAUGUUUUGAGAAACAAGAUGUUUGGAUCAUAAGAUAAGCUGUUGUAUCAGUGGCGCUGACUCUCCCUAACCACCCCACUGGGGCUGUUUCUGUUGCUGAUGUAGCAAUUUCCUCUGUGUGUUUUGCUGUCCAAAUAUAACUGAAAAGGUAUGGAACCCACCCUCAGGGAUGGGGCAGCCACACUAAGAUUCUGAUGUAAGAGACAAUCCUGGGAGAUAAGCUGUGAAAGAAGGUGGUGAGUCCCAUUAAAAACUAACCUUUCAAGUGACAGAGAAGACCUUCACUUUGCUUGUGGAGUUGUCACUUUUUUCUGACUCUUGGAAUAGACUCAACACUUUUAAUUGUCCAAAGACCCCAAUUUCCUUUAGUCGAAAAUUUAAAAAGGAAGGUUUUGCUUUCAUUCUGAAUGCAUGGUAGUUUUGGAAGCCAGGAGAAAUCUACAGGAUUACUAUAGUUUUAAUUUUUUUUCUUGCUCUAAAAUGUGAAUAAUACAGGAACAAAAUUGCUUUGUAACUGUUGACCUCUCAGGAAUAGUCUCUGUUUGCAGUGUUUCUGGGGAGGGCAACGCUGCCUCUGAACUGGUGGUGAAGAGUGGCUAAGCUGUGAUUCAUGGGUGUGGGGAUAUGCUCUUGAGAUGUACCGUAAGAGUAUUUCCAAAGCGCACUGCAGGUUCCGCCCAGGGUUCAGAACACAGUUGGAUUUCCAUCCUGCCUCUCGCAUUAUCACCAGCAGUUGUUUCUGGAACCUCGCCGCCUAUUCUGUCGAUGAGGCAGAAUGGAUACAGCUUUGCUCUGCGCUGCUGACAGUAGUACAACUCAGAUUUGACCAUGAAUUAAACUAGCUUAGUGGGUGGUUAAGGUGGAGGAAGAGAAAUAUUGAACUUAAAGGUCACUGUUCUCAUCAUAGGGUUUCUUCCAUACAUUUUUAGCUAAGGGAGCAGCUAUUUAGGUGUUAUCUCUUGGGUGUGUAAUGCAGCAAAUUUUCUGUUUCUCAAGGGAAUGUAACUUGUUUGUGAACGCUGCUAGAGCCGCUGUUGUUUGUCCUACAAACUAAGACCCCAUCUACGCUGUCAUAUAAAAUCUAGAUUAUCCAUUUUGAACUGGAAUAUAUGAGUCCACUACCAUAUAAUCUAGUUCAAAACAGAUAAUCUGGAUUUUAUAUGGCAGUAUAUGGCCUUAGAGAAGGGAGGAUAUUUUAAUAGUCCAGUGCUUAACUAAGACUUCAACAAUCAGAUUUUUUUCUUGUCUCUGCUGAAGGUUCCUUGUGUGUCACUGGGGAAGUCUCUUAAAUCUCUUUGUGCCUCAAUUCCCCACUGUCAAAAUGGGGGGCAGCAGACUCCUACCUCACAGGGUUGUUGUGAGGAAAAAUGUGUUGAUAUUUGUAAGGCACUCAGAAAAAGUGAGUGGUGAGUGCUAUAAAGAAGCCAAUAAAUUUUACUUUCUUUUAAA